AAUCACUAGUUGGUCAUAAUAAUCUCCACUAUAAAUAUACAGUUACUAUAGAGAAAAUUAUGUUAGUAGUAUCUAACUGCUAGUAGUCAAAACAAUCACGAAAUGGCUCCAAUACUUUACCUUAUCCACGCAAGUCCUCCUGUUCGGGCCGUUUUAAUGACUGCUAAAGCCAUUGGACUAACUCUAACAGAAAAAGAAGUAAAUUUGUUAGCUGGCGAUCACCUUAAACCCGAAUACCUUAAGCUGAACCCUCAACACACCGUUCCAACACUUGUUGACGACGAUGGAUUUACAAUUUGGGACAGUCAUGCAAUUAUCACAUAUUUGGUAUCAAAAUAUGCAAAAAAUGAUACUCUGUAUCCUAAAGAUUUAAAGAAGCGAGCGGUGGUUGAUCAACGUUUGCAUUUUGAAUCGGGGUUUGUUUUCCCUCGGUUAGCGGCAAUUUCACGCCCAAUUAUCUUUGAAGGUAAAAAGACAAUAAACCAACAAGACAAGGAGAAUGUUUGUGAGGCUUACGGAUUUUUGGAAACUUUUCUAAACGGACAUCAAUGGGUUGCUGGUGAUUUUAUCAGCGUGGCUGAUUACAGUUUAGUUUCAAUUAUAAGUAGUUUGAAUUAUAUUAUGGUGCCUAUUGAUGCCGGGAAGUAUCCCAAUUUACAUGCGUGGUUAAAAAGGAUGGAGGGUCGGCCAGAGUAUGAAGCCAAUGUAAAGGGAUUGGAAGACUACAGCAGAUUAUUAAAAAGCAAAAUGGCUGUUGCCUAAUUAUCUAAAAAAUAAAUCGGUUUAAAUAUUAAUUUUGUGAUAACUCGUUGAAUUUGUCUCUGUAAAACUGGAAAAUGUGUUAUACUGAUGUACACAUUAGUAUUAUUAAAUAUUUUUAUACUUA